AUGGCAGAUUCUGCGCGCACCGCUUUCGAUGACGUGGACAUCGCGUCGCCGCGAUCCCUGCCACCUUUCCGCGCCGCCGUUUCCGACCAGCCCAAACCAAAGCGCAACCUACCCAAGAAAGCCCACGCCACGGUGCCAACCAUCCAAUUACCCACGAAUGUAGCUACGUGGACUCGCAUGCACGUGAAAAAGUGGCUCAUCUACACUGUCCAAGUGAAAACGGUGGCGCCGAAACUCGCCGCAGUCGAUGGAGCGAUGCUCGCCGAGUGGGCGACCGACACCCAUCUCGACAUGCGGCUUCGAGACGCCUACUCCAUCACCCAACCUGUGCAUCGGUUGCGUUUGGCCACGCAUAUUCGUGCGCUUCGACCACAGCGCGCCAUCGACACGAACAGACGAGAAAAAGUCGACGACGACAAAGAUCUCUACGAGAUGCCCAUCGACGUCGAAACUCGUUCAAGCACGAGUUGCGUUCAAGGAGACGCCAUCACGGACUCCCAGCCGAUGCAAGUAGCGUCGGCAGUUGAAAUCGCGCCGACGACUCAGUUCAGCUCGUCGGCACCCGACGCACCAACGCAUGCCGACGACUCUGUCGUGGGAAAGCGACGCGUUGGCUGCGUCAUGGAUGAGACCGAGCCAUGUGCCCGUGGUGGCAGUGUCGGCGAACGGAGCAACGAUGCGACUGGCUUGGACAAAGUCGACGACGAGGGCGACGAGUGCCUGCCGUCCUUUUCUGAUGCCUUCAUCGCACUCGAGGACGACGGCAGAGGCAGCCCACCUCCCCCAUUUGACGACGCAUUGCCUCGUAUGGAAGACUUGUGA